AUGGCAACAAUACAACGUCGAUUAUUAAAAGAGUUCAAUGCGGCAAAAGAAAAUUCAGCACAAAUUAAUAAAUUAGAGCCAAAAGGCAAUGACAUCUUGCAUUUGGAAGCGAAAAUUGUUGGACCAGACAAUUCACCGUAUGCUGAUCAUAUUUUUACACUUGAUAUUCACAUGCCUACCGAUUUUCCAUUUAAACCACCCAAGGUUAAAUUUGUAACACCAGUUUAUCAUCCAUCGAUUAAAGAUGACGGAAGCAUUUGUCUCGAUCUUCUUGGUGAAAAAUGGACACCAAAUCUAUCGAUUGUUCAAAUUUUACUUCAAAUAAUCGAGUUACUGGCUGAUCCAAGCACUGAAAGUCCUGUUGUACCUGCUAUCGCUCAACAAAUUCUUAAAAAUCCAGAAGAAUUUUAUGAAACAGCUCGUAAACAUACAGCAGCACAUGCACAACCAAUAACAAUGCAAUAG